AUGACUUCCGAGAUACCUUGGUUCGAGGGUAUGCUGAUUAACGCGACGUUCAACGACUACCGUGACGAUGAGGAAUUCCAGCUUGAGUGCAGGCGGUUUCUCGAAGCCAUCAAGGACCACACCGAGGUCAACACGCUGGCUUCGGGGUGGGAAGACCUCUCGCGCCCGCCUGUGGAAGGCGGCCCGUACGACCACAUGUACGCGCAGGACGUUCGUGUUCUCUUCGGUGAGAACGGGGCCCCUCUUCCCGAGGCGCUACUGCCCUACGUCCGUGGAUGGGUUGGAGGGCCUGGCGGCAUGUCCGUAAGCAGCCUCGCCCACGCGCUGGGCAUGCGCGCCUGGUGGGAGCGUGAGCGUCCGGUUGCGGGACCGGAAUACCGCCGCGUCGACGCGAACGGGCUGGUUUGGCGUCAGGUGAACCGCGCGGAACUCGCACAUCAGGAAGCCACAAUCCCCCGUACCCCCCGCCUGAUCAGGCAGGACUACACCCCGCGUGGAUACCACGCGGAGCAUUUUCCGGACGAGGUCCCCGUCGCGGAGGAUGUUGGCAACAGCGACGACGACACGGACGGCGAUAUUGCGCCGUCCACAAGCAACGAUGGAGGUGCAGACGAAGCGUAG